UGAUCAUCAAUUGAAAAUCAUCAAAAAUAACAUUCAAUGUCAUAAAUAAUUGUUUAUGUUGAUUUUUAAAAGAAUAAUUUUAAAUUCAACACAACAUAAUGAAAUGUCAUCAGAUAUUAACUGGUGCUGUCAAUUCGGGCGAUAAUACUUAUUCAACUGGCUGUAUUGAUGGCAUUAAUUUUACUGUUUAUUGUUCUGGCUGUAAUAUAGUGAUAUUAUCCGGUGAUUUUCAACCAGUACAAAUCAUACCAGGAACAUUAAAUGGAAAUGUUCAAGUUAAUUGUGUUAAUGCAUCGACCGAUGUUGGAAAAAUUGCCGCCUGUUAUGGUGGUCCAAUCAAAUCUAAUCAAUUGGUACCAUCAACCAACACUGGUAUAUCAAAUCGGAUAGCUAUUUUCGAACCAAUACCUAUUGCUGAACAGAUUUCUGAACAUCAUCUAGAUUAUAAAUGGGUGAAAAUCGGUGAAAUUGAACCAAAUUGUUCGGUUAGUGUUUUAUCUUGGAACAUCGAAGGCACGAAAUUAUUGAUUGGUGGUGUGCAGAUACAACUUUGGCAAUCAUCAACAUCAUUAAAUCCUACUAAUUCAAAUGAUAAUAGCUAUGAAUCACAACAAAAAUCAUCUUGUGAUGAAGGUAUACGUAUGAAACCAAUCAAAGAAACAAUAAAAGAAAAAAAUAGCUGGAACUGUGUUUGGUCAUGUCAAACAUCAACACCCAUUUGUCAUCUGUCAUUUUCACCAGACGGUACUUUGUUCUGUUCCACUGGCCGUGCUGAUCGUUUGGUCAAAAUCUGGUAUGAAACAACUACGCCAAACUAUCCAUCGAAUUUGUUCGAUUCACAAGGCUCAACAGAUUCGUUGACAUCAUCCAUGAUUCCUCAUGUUGGCCAUGGCAAAUCAUAUCGUUCGAAUUUAAACUAUAGUUUUAUUUAUAUUCCACAUCCACGUGCUGUCAUUGGAAUCUCUUGGCGAAAAGUAAGCAAAUAUAUGCCAAAAGGUUCAGUAGCCAACAUGUUAGUCACUUCAUGUCGUGAUAAUAUUUGUCGAUUAUGGGUACAAACCUUUUUGCCCGAAGAUGAUCUGGUCAAUGUUUCUCAGUUAGAUAGUGUCUCCGAUAUGGUUACACCACGUGCUCAAACACAACGUCAUCGACAAAAGAUUUUUCAUUUUUUUCGACACAAAAAAUCAACAUUUCGUCGUCAUCAUCAUCAUCAUAAUAAAAGUGAUGAUCAUUUGGAUAAUCAUGAAGAUUCUAGCAAUAACUUACAGCAAAAUGGCUUCAAUGAUACUCCUAUACUAAAUCUUCCAUCAACAUAUUCAUGUCACGAUUUUCAUGGCUAUGGUGUUCAUGGAACGGCAAUUACACCCGGUGGUGUUCAUUUUCAUUUAACCGCAUCGAUUAAUGCUGAAAAUGAUAUUCCACUCGUGCCGAGCUUAACACAACAUCCCUCUGACAGCGAUAUACAUUCACAAAGUAAUCUUGGUCCAAAAGUUACUGUCAGUCAAAAUGAUACUGUUGGUCUCGAUUCUCCUGGUGGAAACGUUUCAUCAGCUAAUAGGCAUAGCCAUCAGCAACGACAUCAUCAUGAAGAAUCAGAUAAACCAUUGUUUGUUGUUAAUUGGCUUAAUAAUAAAGAAAUGACAUUCACACAAAGUGCUGAACGUAUUUUGCAUAAAAUAGUCGCAAGCAUCGUUGAGGGUGAACAACAAAGAAAACGACAGCAAGAACAGGCUGAUCAACAACGAGAUCAAGAUGAAAUGUCCGAAGCAUCACAAGCAUUGAGCGAAAAUACUGUUGAAUCAUUCGUUACAAAACGUUCGCUACAAUCACAUCAGCAACCAGGUUCAGCGCAACCAGCAAUUCCAUCAUCGUCUCGUAAUUCCUCAUCAAACGUAUCACUUAUGACCGCUGUCGGUCCAGAUCAAUCGGCAAUGCUUCAGGAUCGAGGAACAGAUCAACAAAAUCGUCGUACUGUCGCCGAUUUUCUGGAUCGUCAAAUUGAAUCACUAAUGCGUCAUUGGAAUCAAAGUUCUGAUUUGCUUUACAGUAUUCAUCCAUUGGAUGGCAGUUUACUAGUUUGGUUAGUCGAAUGGCUGGAUGAACCAUGUCCAUCUGUAUUUCGUCAACCUCAGAUCAGCUUCUCAUCUCGUAUUCCGAAUUCCUUGCCUUUGGGCGAUGCUUCGACCAUGUCACAUAACGUUUCUCUUUAUUCACCAUAUUGUUGUUUGAAUUUGAAAACGAUAUUUUGCACAUCCGCAUCGAGUAUGAUCGAUGCUGCAUUACAAUCAAAUUUUGCAGCAACGGCCACCGAUCAAAAUCGUCCUAUUAAUUUAGCUCAUAAAACUCAUCAAGAACAUAAUUUGCAACAACCAUUGUUUGGUCCUACUUGUUAUGCCACACCCACAUUGCGUAUGAUUACUAAACAUAAUAAUGGAUCAUUGAAUCUUUGGAAAUUAUCGUUUAGUGAGAAAGGACAUUUUACACAGUUGUUGAGUAUUAGUCAUUCACUUAGAGUAUGUGGUCAUCGUUUUCGUGUUAACGAUAUUUCUUGCCAUCCGGUUUUACCUUUGCUAUUAACGACUUCUCAUCACAAUCUUCCCGGAACAUUUCGCAGUCGUGCACAUUCAGUUUCACCUUUUGAUCAUACACCCAACACACCAGAUUCAACAGCAUAUUUGGUUUCCCCUUCGACGCCUAAUCAACAACAAAUAAUGGUUGAAUCGCGAACCUUUCCAAACACUGGUUUCUGUUCAGAAUUGAUUCUCUGGAAAGUCGAACCGGUCGGUCCAUUAAUGAAAUCCGGUGGUGUUACUGAAUUAGCACGUAUAAAUUCACUUGAACCUACAUCAUUUGCAAAUGUGGCUUGGAUUCCAACAUUAUUACCAAGUUCAGCAUUAGGACCAAUAACUAAUUCUCCAAGUGCAUGUUUUGUUGCUUCAGAUGGUCGUCAAUUACGUAUCUAUCAAGUAGUAAUUGAUGCUCGAUCCUUAUUAGCGGAAGCUCAACGUUAUAUGUUUUGUGCCAAAGAUCAACGCCGAUUUUAUUAUGAUUCAUCCGACGACGAAGAUGAAGAAAUGACAACAACAAGAGAGAGAAAAAAUACAGAUAAAAUCGAUCAUGAUGCUUUCCGAAGUUUAUUCAAAAUUGUGUCUCUUCAAUCAACCGCUAGACCUGGUUGUGUACUUGAAUUGAGUCCAAUUGUCGAUGCACGACAUGAUUGGCAAAAUACUCAACUUUUACAUCUGUUUCAAGAACAACUGAUCAUUGGUGAUCGUAAAAUUCGAAUAGAUAAUUCUACUGCUGUUUCUGCUCGUGAAACUUCUUCCAUUCCUCCUCGCAGUGUUGAUUCGAAUAAAACCGAUAAAUUGCCUUUUAAUUUUAAUCCCCAUGAUUAUGUCGAUUUUGGUUCAACAAGUUUUGAGGAAGUAUUCUAUUUAGUUGUGAUCGAAACAACCGGUGUAAUAUCCACAUUGCACAUGUGGCAAAUAACUAUCUCAUCUGGAUCGACUAAUCAUAACGAUUUAUCAUCGACAUUACCACAUUUCAGUGAACAGUCAAAUGUUUUUGAUGAAGAUAGUUCACAAAGUGUUUCACCCGAACACAACGCUGGUCAUUAUCAAGCGAAUCAAACAACCCCUUCACGUAUCAAAACUAAAAAAGUCUGUACACAACGUUUAUCGUUGCCAGCAGAUGUCGAAAUCAUACAUGCUACACCAUCGGCCGGACAUCUUAGCUCUUCAAACAUUUAUCCUGCUUGUUAUGCUCCAUAUUUGAUUACCACCGCUUGUAGCGAUAAUCGUGUCCGUUUUUGGAGUUGUAAAGUUUCAACAUCCGAUUACGAUGUAAAUUAUAAUGAUCCAAAAUUUGAAUGGAUUGAAUGGGAAAUGGCCAUCACUGGUAAUCAAUCCUUAUCGAAAUGCGAUUCGAUUAAUAAAUCAACUUCAAGCAUAAUCGAAUUACCUGGAUCUCCUCUGCAGAUUUCGUGUGCAUAUUCUGCACGCAUUGCUUGUGCUUUCAAGUAUGGUCACUCUUAUAUCGAUCUCUCUGAUGAACAAGAAGAAAUCAAAUCAUUUGAUGAAAUAAAAGCUAAAAAAGAAUGUCGUUUCAUCAAUGUUGGUAUAUCCAUUUAUGAAUGUCAAUCAUCCGGUGGUUCAGAAUGGGUUCUAGAAGAUACGAUUCGGGUGGAUCGAAUUCCAUUGAUCGGAAAAUCAUCGGUAGAAAAUCUAGGAUCAUUAAUCGAUUUUACUUUACGUAAUCGUAAAUCCCCACAAAAAAUAUCACCAAAUAUUCAAGCUUCCAAUCCAUUCAUGACUGAUUUGCAUCCCGAUCCAAAUGCUCAAUUGCAAAACAAUAAACAACAAAAAAUUCAUCCUGUGCCCAGUUGUUCUACACUUCAAUCAUUGAAACAAACUAUUGCCGAACAAGGAAAUCAGUUCACAUUUUGCCAAAAAUCACCUAUCAUAUUGGAUUGGGUUUCUACCGAAGAUGGCUGCCAUAUGCUUACUUGUUCGGUUGGACAUAAAUUAAUUUUAUUUGCUCCGAUUUCACAUACUAUUGUUCCAGCGAAUGUUGAUGCUGGAAUUGAAAAAAUAAUCUCACCAUCACCAUCGGCAUUAGUACCACAACAGUCAACCGCUGCCGCUGCAUCUCCAAAUAGUUUUCGAACGAACAUUUUAGAUCUCUCGUUAAGUACUGUUCCAGUUACCCGAUGGAUGAUGCUUAGAGUUGCCGAAUUAAAUUCUAUUGAUGGUUUGCCUCCCUUACCGAUGCAAUUAUCUUGGGUACGCGACGGUAUUCUUGUUGUCGGUAUGGAUAAUGAAAUGUUGAUAUUUUCACAAUGGAAAAUUCGUUUACCAACAUCAUUGCCUAUCAUUUUCGAGCAAAAUCUUACAUCACGUGUUCAUAGAAAUUCAUUAGCUUUUUAUUAUCCAUUCGAUUCGGUUGACAUUCAAUCUGAUCGAAUGUUCACUGGCAAAGAAAACAAAAUUAAUGAACAACAACAAGAACAGCCGAUUUCAGAAACUAGUUUUGCACUUGUUAAAAGUGGCGAUAAAAUCAUUUCCGAUGAAUUUGAAGAUUUUGGUGUAUUCGAAUCAUUUCACAAUUCUUCACUUGUUAUUCCACAAUAUCAUCCCAAACAAUUGAUGGAAUUAUUGGCUUUUGGAAAAAUUCAUCGUGUUCGUGCCAUUCUUUCACAUUUGGUUUAUUCAUUAUGUUCAAUCAAUUCAGUUAAAGAAUAUCUUCAUCAUCCAGCAAAUAUGCAGCAACAACAUGCUAGUUUCGACUUAUCUGAUCGAAGUCCAAGACAAUGGACGAGAACACGUGCAUUAUCAGUGGCAGCUCAACAUUCGCCAAGAGAUGCUCAUUCUAAUGAUAGUUCCUAUGCUGAUAAUGCUCCGAUUGUAGCGGAAGAAAUUCAAUUGGAUUACACCGAAAUCGCAUCAAUACGACCAUUACCAUUGUAUGCCUUAAUUCAAGCUGACGAAGGAGUGACCAAAGAUAAAAUUGCAACAAAUGAUAAUGAUAAAUCUGUGGUCAGAGAUUCAGGCUUAUCAUGGAAUUUAGAUUCAAACGAAGUUUUAGAUUCAGAUUUUCUAGAAUAUAAUUACAAAACACAAGUGGAAGAAACAUUGGAUGAAUUUCUUGGAAAUCGAACGGCUUUUAAUUUUUCUAAUGUCGCUACCAAUAAAUAUUUGAAAUCUCAACAAUCUCAGCAACAAGAUUCCGAUACCGAGCUACAUAUUUCUAUUCAUUUUGACCAAAAACAAGCUCGAUUACUCACCAAAUUGCUAACACAUUCACAUUUACCCGGUUUAACCAGUCUGGAUCAGAUGCAUCUUUUGGCUUUAGCCGAUUCUUUGGCAUCGUUCAAUGAAAUUGAUCAGAAUCAAGCUCGAUCUACUCAAGAUGAAUCGACGAAUUUAACUGAUGAUUCCGGUGUAAUGGAUGAACAACAACUUACUAUAACGGCAAAUUCAUUAGAUGAUUGUGGUCUUCGGUAUUUAUUAAACAUGCGACAACAUGUAUAUUUGUUGAAAUGUUUGUCAUUAAAACAACGAAGUACAUUACAACGAAACGGUCUUGGUACACACAAUAUUAUCUGGGCAUUUCAUUCGGAAACUCAAGAAGAACUUGUGCAAUUGAUCCUGGCUUCAUCGAAUAAAAUUGGUUGGCAAGAACUUCGUGAAUUAGGUGUCGGUUUUUGGAUACGAAAUAAUAGUCUUCUGAAAAAAGUUAUUGAACGUUUAGCUAAAACAGCUUUCAAAGCAAAAAAUGAUCCACUAGAUGCAUCAUUAUAUUAUCUUGCUAUGAAAAAGAAAAAUCUUGUCUGGGGAUUGUAUCGUUCUUGUCAGGACAAAAAAAUGACCGAUUUUUUUUCGCAUAAUUUUGCCGAAGAUAAAUGGCGAAAAGCUGCCUUAAAAAAUGCUUAUGUUUUAAUGGGCAAACAACGAUUUGAACAUUCUGUAUCAUUUUUCCUAUUGGCUGGUUCACUUUGGGAUGCUGUAGAAAUUUGUCUAAAUAAAUUAAAUGAUCUACAGCUAGCAAUGAUUAUUAUUCGUCUUUAUGAAGGGAGUGAUAUUGAUGCUGUACCGGAAACAAUGAAACGUCUAUUGAAUGAAGAAAUUCUUGGCUAUCAAAAAAAUGUACAGAAUAUGCAAUAUGCACAUCCAGAUCCUUUUCUUCGAAGUAUGGCUUAUUGGAUGCUUGGUGAAUAUAAUUUAUCGUUAUCCACAUUGUUAGAAAUAAAUGUUGGAACUAAACAUUAUACUACAAAUAGUCCUGAUAUUCAAUCACCAACAACUCCAAAUGAAUCAGAAUUGGUCAAUUUGAGAAGAGAUCGUUUUGAAGGAUUAAAUUCAAAUGUUUUCAACUUUUAUCUUUAUCUAAGGACUCAACCGUUGAUUGUACGACGUGCACAAGUUGCAAGACAAAAUAUCGACAUUCAGGAUGCAACUUUACGAUCGAAAAAAUCUCAUAUGUUUACUCGAUCAUCAAAUAAAUCAAAAGAUGCUGUGGCUGUCACUCCUUUUGAACGAAGAUUAUUUUUCUUGACAGCUUAUCGCCAUCUUCAAGCUGGUUGUCCAUCAUUAGCAUUAGAAGUUUUGUCACGAUUACCGACAAGUAUUGUAUCGGAUUCUGAAAAGAAUGAAAUUGACGAAUGUAGUCGACGAUUAUCCAUUCCUGAUGCAGUUACGGCUGUAGGUCAUAUGGCUGAACCAAAAACAACUGCUAAACCACCAGCUAAAGCGGAAGAUUUGUUUUCAAGUAAUAGCGGUGGUGGAUUUGAUUGGGGUGCACCAGCAUCUAAUCUUUUUGCACCUGUUGAAACGGAUGAUUUUGAACUGAAAAUUGAUUUAGGUAAAGAUGAAGAUGAUGAAAUAUCUGAUGAAGAAAUUAAAGAGAAAAAAGUAUUGCUUGAAAAUGAAAAAUUAAGUGAAAGUGAUGACAAUUUAUUCAAUGACCGAAAUGCGCAGGAAGAUCAAGAUUCCGAUUCGACUGAAAUAGAUGUGAUGGCUCAACAAUUUAAAUUCAUUUCCUGUUUAAAAAUUAUUAUGGAAGAGCUUAGCACAUUGGCCACUGGUUUCGAAGUGGAUGGUGGUCAGCUUCGAUAUCAGCUUUAUAUAUGGCUUGAAAGAUCUGUGCAAGUGCUCAAAGAUAUAUGUAAAUAUCAUACAUUUUCAAUGCGUUCAGUUUCAUAUCGAUCUAGUAUUGAUAAUAGUCAACAUGGCCAUAGUUUAGUUCCAACAACAGGCUCAUCAACAUUGAGUAAUAAACAGAGCGGUAUUUUAGUCAAAGUUGUUGGCAAUCGUAAAUCAUCCGACAAUUCAACUACAUCAGUAGCACCAUCAUUACAUGAAAUCCUUUUGGCUGAUAAAGAAGAUUUUCAAUCAAAAUUAGAACGAUGUAAUCGAAGAAAAUCUUGGCUGUUAGCUAAUGAAGCUUUACUUCUUAAUUUGCUCAGUUAUUGUUCACUUCAUGGUGGACAUGGUGGUGGAUUAGCUUCGGUACGAAUGGAAUUAAUAUUAUUACUACAGGAGCUGCAACAAGAUCGAUCGCCUCAACAACAGCUUCUAUCUCCAUUACCAUUGCCUACAACAUUACCAUUAUUGACUGCUUCGGUCGCUAGUCAAAAAACUGUUGUUGCCGAUCCUAUACGGCACCUACAAUCAAUGGCACAUGAUAUUCUUCAAACAUUAACCGAGAUUAACACCAUUGUUCACAUACGGAAUAAUACAAAUCAUUUUUCGUUUCCCGAUUUUUUAUCAUUACCUCCAUUCAUGGUUUCUGGUACUGCCGCUUCAUUGUUAUCGACACAAGAUUCGCAAAUAUCACAACAAAAUUUUAUUGGAACCUUGUAUACACUGAUACAUAUUCUUAGAGAUCUCGGUAUAUCCUUGUCAUCUUGUGUCUAUCAAUCACUUUGUGAUUGUGAUUCAGUUUCACAAGGUAGUCCUAUUAAUGCACCUGCAAGCAGUGUCAAUAAAAAAUCAUUUCUAUCACGAUACAAAGACAAAGAUCUCGCUGCCAAGGAUUCUACGGGAAACACUAAUUCGGAAGAUAAAUCUGGUCCAACUACAAGUCCUGCUAAAUGGCCUGGUGUUCAAGCUUUACAAGCAUUGAUUGUACGAGAAAAAGAUGAAGAUCUUCCCAAAUUACACACAUUACUAUGCGAAGGAUUUGUUGCCGUUUAUCUAAGCCAGCUUAUAUAUGCUUUAACAAUUUGUGAUUCAAACAUUCUUUAUCGUUUGCUUGGUGUGAAAUUUUCCGAAAAAAGUUGGGGUGAUUUAUUUGGUGGUGGUGCUAAAAAACUUUUAUAUGUUUCAACAUCAACAGUUACUUUGGGACAGAGCCCCGGUUCAAUAUCACCAAACGAAACGGCAUUAAAUGAAGCAAAUUCAACAAGUUCACCACAUUAUGAUCUGCUAAAUACAUUAUCCAAACAACGUAUGAAAUUACAUAUGAAAAUUCUUGAACAAUUGAAUCAAGCAGCAGAAGUUGUUGGAAAUGUUGCUACCUCUCCAAGUAGUACAUUACAAAGUAUAACCAAUCCAUUUAUGGCACAACAACCAGGUCAAGCUAAUUCAGUUGGGGGAUUAGCACCAGUUGAACAACGACCUACAUAUCGUGAAGUAUUUGUUCCGCCAAACAAAUCAAUUAUCAAUCAUUUAAUGAUCAAACCAGAAUUACCUGAUGAUUUAAUACAUUUGGAUUAUGAUUCAUUUGGCAGUGAAGAUGAUUUAGAUGAUGAAAAUGAUGAAAUAUCAUUGUCGAAUAAAUUUAAAACAAGCGAUAUAAUUGAUGAUGAUGAAUAUAAUGAAUGGGCAAGUGGUUCGAAAUCCACAAAAAGUAAUUUGGACAAAUUGGCUGAACGUAAAAAAGCCAAUCUCGAAUGUGAACUAUAUGCUUGGUGUAUCAUUCGAUUAGCAUCGACAAAAAUUGCUUAUGAACAAAUUGUUAAUUUUCUUCAAGUGGCCGGUCUUGAAAAAGCUGAUCUUCCUACGACAAGCCCAUUAAUUCAUUCUACAUUGCGUACAAUACUUCGAUGGCAAUGUUCAUUGCAAUUCUAUAUGAAUGAAUUCACAAAUCUUCCGGAUCAUUUCUUACCCAACAUGUUUGUCGAUAGUAGUCGUUCAAGCGGUUCGAUACAACGAUAUAAAUCAUUAUUCGAAACUAAUAAUACACCAUUUUGUGCCGGUUAUACAUCAAUCAAAUCAUCUAAACGUCUUUGGAAUUAUCUGAUUCGACAGCCAUCUGUUCAGGAUAUUUUCAUUCGUUAUAUAUUUGGUAAAUAUCGUUCGAUGAAAUUAGCUCAGGAAAAUGGUGCAACAUCCGUUUGUAUUGCUAAUUCAGGAGUGGCCGUUAAUGACCAAUAUGAUACUAAUGAUAAUGUAAAAACUGGUACACAACCAACAAAUGAAGAUGUUGAAGCAGCUAAAGCCGAAUCUGUUGCUUCAUUUGGAUCAGCAUCGCGACGUAUUCUUGAACCGAUGCGUAUUGUUCAUAAGGAUCAAGAUAAUAUUAGUGCAUUCUGUGUUAAUCGUUCGAAUACUGGUUUGAUUGCCUUAUCAACACCGAAAGAAAUACAAGAGCUUAAUAUUAAACCAUUACUUGAAGUAUGUGUACCUUGGUUGGAAGAAGAUACUGAAAUGGAUAUUUUCAAUCUAAAACAAAGAUCAUUUGAAACAUCAUUAGCAUCAUCUCAUGUUGACUUUUUAUUGGUUCAACAUCCAGCAGAUCGUUUACAAACAUCUCCAGGAGGUUUAGCUUUCCAAAAACAAUCAUCGACUGUAAAUACAACUGGAAGUGGUAGCCAACAACAACAAACGCCUACUAAACAAGCCAUUCUGUCUAAACACCAUUUUCAAGGCAAUACCAAUCCUUACUUUUGUCAAUAUAUCUUUGAAAGAAGUCGUCAUGUUUUUAAGCCGAUGAAACGACAUAAAACUGAAACCGUCCGCCGAUUGGCUUCACAUCCGACGUUUCCAUUAUAUUUAUCCGGAGGUCAAGAUGGUUGUGUUCAGCUGUGGGAAUGGACUCAUCAACAGCCCAUAUCAACACCAAGGCCAGCUGGAACUUAUGCUAAAGUUACUCAUGUUGGUUUCAGUCAACCCGGUAGUAAAUUUGGUGUUACUGAUAGUGAUGGAACAUUAUCAUUAUGGCAAACAACAAAUACUAGUGCUAAUCCAUUCUGGAGUUUUCAAUGUCACAAUAAGACUACCAGUGAUUUUACAUUUUUAUCAUCAUCAUCAUUGUUGAUGGCCGCCGGACAUUCAACUGAUCAUCGCAAUGUAGUGCUAAUCGAUACACUUGUACCGCGUGAACGUAGUAUUGUCUUGACAUUUGCUUGUCAUGAACAUAAUGGUGCUUCAUCGAUUGUAUUUGCUCCAUUAAGUCAAUCAAUUAUAACAGGUGGUAAAAAAGGCGAUAUAUUCAUAUUCGAUAUUCGACAACGUAUUCAAAAAGAUCAUUUUCAUGCACACGAUUCUGCUGUUAAAUGUAUUGCCUUGGAACCUAAUGAAGAAUUUUUUGCUACUGGUUCGGCUGAUGGUGAUAUUAAGGUUUGGUCAUUUUAUGGAUCUACUCGUUCGCUUCUGCAUUCAUUUCCGGGUGAACAUGCACGUAAUACAUUUUUCCGUAACAUCGGAAUGGGUGUUUCUCAUCUAUACAUCGAUACAUGUGGCCGUUUAUUUUCUUGCGGUGCUGAUGGAUCAUUAAAAAUGCGUCAUUUGCCAACAUUAGAAUGUCAGCCAUCAAGUUUUUUCAUGCCCAAUUCUCAAUCAUCAGCAUCAUUAGUUUUUGGAAAUAGUAACAUUAUUGAUAAUUAUGAUAAUAGUCAUGAUCAACAACAACAACAUCAACAAAAUGGUUUGGCAAAUGCUUCCGAAUCAAAUAAUUAUAUCAAUGGUACAACCAUCAUUUGAAAAGGCAAAUCAACAAGUGAUUUUAUAUAUAAACCUGCUAAAACUUUCAUUUUCUUUUAUUUCAUCAUGAUUUUUUUCCAUGGG